AUGACUCGUACCGAGCGUAACAACUACCCUGCUGCCCAGAGCAAGGACCGUCACUCGAGGACGGGCCUGACCAAGUCUGAAUUCGAGCGCAAGGGCGGUGCCGGCCCCCACAACUGGGGCUCGUUCACCGAGGAGGAGAACCUCGCCUACCAGGGCGGCGUCGACGCCCAGCUCGAGACCGCCAUGUUUGACGACAGCACCGAUGUCGCCAAGCCCUCAGCCGAGGCCACUGCCGACGCCGACGAGGAGGCCGACAACGUCUCCACCUCGCCCGCCAACUCGAUGUCGUCGCUCGGCGGCCCCGGCCAGCGCCGCAUGUCCCAGGUCUCGGACGAGGAGCGCGCCAACGCCCUUCGCUACCGCGAGGGCGGCGUCCAGCAGAAGGGUAUCGACCUCGCCUCGAUCGCCCGCACCUCGUACGGCGUCGCCCAGUCCCCGCCCGCCGCUAGCAUGCUCUCCACCUCGCCUCUCCGCACCAAGGCCGGCUUCUCCGCUCAGUAA